AUGCCAAGAAUAAACUUGGUUUCGUCAAUUGGCACCAUCAAGGCUCCUUCAUCAGAGACCAAUCCUGACGAUUAUGCAGCAUGGUCUCGUUGCAAUGAUAUGGUUCACUCUUGGAUUGUGAACUCAAUUACUCCAGAUAUAUUUGACAGUGUGAUUUACUACACUACCGCUCGUGAAGUUUGGGAGGAUCUUCGUGAACACUUUUCUCAGAGCAAUGCUCCACGCAUCUUCCAAAUUCAGCGCGAGAUUGCUUACCUCAAACAGGAACAACUUUCUGUUGCAGCCUACUACACCAAGUUGAAAGAUUUGUGGGAUGAAUUGGCUUCUUAUACAGAUUCAAUAUGCACUUGUGGAGUACAGCAAGAUCGUCAAAAACUGAUGCAAUUUCUUAUGGGAUUGAAUGAAUCCUAUAGUGCUGAUCGUGGACAGAUUCUUAUGAUGAAUCCUCUCCCAUUGCAAAAGUCUAAGAAUAUGGGAAAUCGUGGAAGUGUGACCUCUGUGAACAAUGUCUCUGAAAGCACAAGUAAGGAUGAUUUGAAGCCAAUUGUCUCAGGUCUUUCAGAUACACAGAUUCAACACCAGUCGGCUUACAAGGGGAUUGAGUUGUUCAGUGACAUUUUUCCCUUAUUGGUGUAUUUUGCAGGAUCUGGUUUCGAGGAGGACGAUUGGUUUGGGUAA